AUGUCGGCGUCGGCGUCUCAACGAAAAACUCUGAGCAUUUCUGAACAGUUGGAGCUCAUCGACGAUGUCAAAGUGAAGAAACUCAAACUGGCCGCUGCAGCCAAAAAGUACGGAAUUGGUUAUUCAACAGCAGCAAAAAUUCUCAAGAAAGAAGAUGAUCUCAGAUCUUGCAUGCAAAUGAACGGAAACACUAAUCGCAAACGAAAGCGCCAAUCCGUGCACAAGGACGUUAACGAAGCGCUUACACAAUGGUUUACGCAAGCAUGUGCUCAAGGAGCUACCGUCACCAAUCACGUCAUCAGGCAGAAAGCAUCACAACUGGCCGUAAAUCUUGAAGUUGAUUUUGAACCGAGCAAUGGCUGGCUCAUGUGCUGGAAGCAGGCCAAUAACGUUUCGUUCAAAAAAUUUCACGGCGAAUCAACGUCAAGAUCAGGUGUCGUUUUUGGCAUCAUUCGUUCAUUCAAAGCGUAUUAUCGUCGGGAACUUGUUCGAAUGCCAAUCGCAGCGAUCGAUGCUACACCGCCAGUGCCGCUGUUCGAGGUGGCCAAGCAGAUAACUGUUUUGAAGGCCAUGCACAUGAUGAAGCGAGCACUUUUCAUGGUCAAACCCCUAAAUAAGGACGUAAUGUUUCCUUUUUUUACCUCUAUCUCUCUCUCACUCUCUCUCUGUCUCUCUCACUCUCUCUCUCUCUCUCUCUUUCUCCCACAACUUUCAAUUUCGUUUUCCGAACAAUCAAACAACGAUUGCAUUCCUUGA